CGUUGCAUGGAAAUUUCUUUAGAAGAUAUUCAGCAUAUAACAAUUAGCAUAUGUUUGUGGUAUUAGGCAAUAGUUCUGACCAAAAAAACAAAAGGCAAUAGUAAAAUAGGAAACAACCGUUUUAUGAUGUCUCUCUCUUUCAUUGUCAUUGUUCUUACUCCAGUGGCUUAUAAAGGAAGUAGAUGUCAUGCUGUUUGUGUCAGACGCCAGCCGUUGAAUCAGUCAUUUGUUGUUAGAUGUUUAGACUGCAGUACUUCCAUGUUGGAAAUGAAUGUCAGUGCAUUAAGAUGUGGAGUUGACUUCAUUUCCAAUGCAGAUAUGCCAUAGAAUCAGUCGGUAUGUGAUCUGAUUCGCAAUUGACUGCGUCUUCACUAACCCAACUGAAACCUGUUGCCAUCAUCAAAUUUUCUUGUUCCAAAUAUAAUAAUGGUGAGGAUAAUGCUGAUGAUGGUUGCAUUUGCUUUUGAGAGCAUGAGGUUGGCUUAGUGGUUAAGAAACGUGGUUGUGUGCGAGGAUUGGGCACUCGGCACAAGUCCUUGUCCUAGUGCAAUAAAUUUCCUGUCUGGGCUACCCGCCCGGUUUUUGGCUCAUGUUCUCCUUGGUCCAGGAGGUUAGUGGGAUAUUUUAUGAGCCCAAGGCUUACCUACCUAAGAUGGCUUUCUCGUCGUUAAAAAAAAACAGAGAGAAAUAAAGAGAGAGAAUCUUACUAUAGUCUAUGUAUCCAUAAUCUGUAAGUCUCUAAAUCCACAUUAAAACCAAAUCUUUGCUUGUUUAUGUUUAGACCUUUUAAAGCUGUAUAAUAAAUUAUGCCUAGGGGGCAUUUUGAAGUGUAGUCUCUCUCUCUCUCUCUCUCUCUCUCUCUCUCUCUCUGUUAUAAGACCUCCUGAACCCUUUUCGCGACCCAGAAAAAAGCUCCGAAAACUUCAUCGAGAAAACGAGAGCUAUGAAGAAAGUCCGAAAAGGCUCGGUGCAUCCAUCACCGUCACUGCCAAUCGUCGUGUCCUAUUAUCUCUCCCUCCUUCCAGCCACCAUCCUUACCCUCACAGCGGCUCUGUCACCACAGGACAGAGAAGUCUUAGCCUAUCUCAUCUUUUGCUCCGCCCCAACUUCCACCAUCAAGAACAACCUCAAAACCUCCCGCAGAGGCUCUUCUUCUGCCAAAAGCGGCACAGCUAAUGAUAAUCAUCCCUCGACCUUCAAUUGUGACUGCUUCAGAUGCUAUAUGAGUUACUGGGCGAGGUGGGACUCAUCUCCAAAUCGUCAGUUGAUCCAUGAAAUAAUUGACGCAUAUGAAGAUGGGCUGACAUCAGAGAAACGACCAAGAAAUUCAGGAACAAAGAAGGAGAGAAGGAAUAAGAGAAGGUUCAACGCCAGGUCUGGUGAGUCAAAGCGGUCAAACUCGGGGAAUGCUGAGCUGGGUCAAUCGGAGUCGUUGAGAGAAAUGAAAACCGCCAAUAAUGGCAGCGGCGAGGAAGUGGCAGAGAAAGGACCAUUGAGGAGGUUCUUAAGUUUCAUCGCGGAGAAGAUAUGGGGUGUCUGAGAUUGGCGAGUGCUGUUUUUCCCAUUGAGUUUGAAGGGAAAAGCGGGGGGAGAGAGAAAUAGUUCUGUAGAUAGUUGCCUUACAAUAAUCGAGAAUGUGAAUGUGGCAGCUUCUCGGAAUCAUAAUAAAGUAUAAGUUACUCAGCUGAA